AAAGCUAAGAACCAAUUCAUUUGUAGUGAUUGAUAGAGCUCCUUUCACGAGGCAUGUCUCUCUACACAGACUAACAUGUUACUCUGUGGUUUCUCACAGCUGAUUUUCAGAAUCUACAUCAAAGAUUUCAUUGUUUAUGCUUGAUGUUAUAAUUCUUGUAAUCUAUUCUCUAUUAAAUUGUUAUUAUCAGUGACUGCCUAUUUAAUUUAACUAUGACUUCUGGCUUUGCAAAUGUGCUUAACAGACUGAGAGUUCCGGUUGUAAUUGCUGCCACAGGUGCUUACUAUGGUCUUGAUAUUUAUAAAUCAAAGUCUGCUAAAAACACUCUUGUUGAGAUAAAAUUAGAUGGUGGCACAAUACCUGGUAUUACAUCGCCAACACCAAGUAUCCAACCACCUUUACAAGAAAUCAUUGAUGAAGUCAAAUCAAAGUUAAACCUACCAAAAAUUAAAAAAGAUGCCCUAAAUUUUUAUGGAACUCCUUUUCCGAUUCCACAAAUCCAUGGAUUCUAUUCAUCGUAUUCACAGAUUGACGUGUUUUUACCUGACUAUUUAAACCUUACUAAUUCCGAACAGUUGACUGGUACAGCUAUUCGCAAUUUAGUUAAACUAUUGGGAUAUGAUUGUGAUACUCUAACUAAAGAGGAUUGGUUAACACCCGACGGAGUUUCUCUAAUCAAUUCAUUCUUCUUAAGCAAACGAGCAAAGAAAUUUUUAGUCACCCAAACAUCAUAUUCAAACUUCAACUAUGAAUAUUUUUUCAAGCAUUUAAUCUUCGGUUUGACUUUCACCGCUGGCUUGGCAGCCUUGGGUUUAAUUGAAGAAAGAAUGAAAGGAACUGCUGCUGCGAAGCUUGUUGUCACUCUCUUCAUGUUAGUCCCGGUCAUAUCUGUCUACUUUAUCAUGUCUAAUCAUGCAAAAAUGAUUUGCGAGUCAAAGGGUAUUGCCCAAGCUGUGUCUAGAAACAUGUUGUCUCCUCGUGAAUUGCAUAAACUCAAAGAUGCUGAUGUGAUUGAUGAAGAAAUGCUUCUUGGUGGAAUAGAGUAUUACACAAAGUUGUCCCAAAGAGAAAAAGCAUUACUUCGAUUAUUCAAUACCGGAUUCAGUUUAUCUGGGAUGGUUGAUCAAGAUGGUGAACCUUUAAAAUUAUUUGUCGCAGAUUUACCCAAAAAAGAAGUUAUUGCCUUAUUAGAAAAAGUUCAUAGUUUAAUGGACGAGAAAUCAUCCGCGAAAUGAGCUUCAGUGAAGAUAUGGUCAAAAUCGAGAAACACGAAACAGAGAAAAGAAAGCAAAUUAGAGAGAGUUGAAAUCUGAACGAUCAUCUUAUGCAAAAUAAAUUGUAAAAUUACAAUGUAGAUUGAAUAAUUUAAAUUUUUACUUCACUGCCAUUGAAUAAUUGGCUGAAAUCCAAUGUAAAAAUAAUCAAACAAAUGUACAACAAAAAAGUAAAAAACAAUAGUUGAUAUUCAAAUCCUUUCUCACAUAUGGUCUUACAUGCAACCCUUUUUAUGUUCAUUUUUGGUUAACUCCGGGUUAUUUUUUGGGAGGUGAACCUUUAAGGACCACAGGUGCCAAUUGUUUCUCUCGCUGAAGCUGUUCAUCUUUUCUCAUUUCUUUCUCCAAGAUUUGCUUUUGCACCAUUUCUUGUAACUUUAAACCUCGUUUUCUUAUUCUUUCCGCUUUCUCCGAUAACAUUUCCAUAUCUUUUUUUACGUUAUUCAAUUUGGACAAAUAAUGUGAAGCUCGAGUAAUCAAAGUGUCAAUUUCCAAUGGCUUAGUGAAUUCAUUGAAUCGUGAGUUUUCUUGGUCUAGCAUAACAUGAAGGGAAACUUGAUAUUCCAUCAAUUGGGUGAAUGAUGGAGGUAUAGAAGAGUUGUCAUUCUUGUUGGAUUCCAUAUUUUAUCAAGAGCACUUACUUGUUAGGCACACAAAUUCAAAAAACAAUAGAUAAAUGUAGCAACGAUUUACAUUUGAAAUGCAAGAUAAUUCAGA